AUGCUCCAGAUGGCGUCGAUGUUGAACGGGGGAUGGGCGGUUGCCCCCGGGCGCAGGCUCGUUCCCCGCUCCCGGUAUCCCAGGCUCGACGCCGUCCACGACCGCCAGCGCGCCCAGCGGGACUCCGGCUGCGCCUGGGAUGGGCAACAUGUUCGGCGGGAUGCCGCCCAUGGACCCAGGCAUGAUGGCGUUGUUGAUGGGCGCUGGAGGCUCGCCCUCAGCGACGACAACCCCCGGCUGCGGGCACAGGUGCCCCCGCGCCAAAUCUGGGUGCGAUGUACCAGCAGAUGUUCGGCGGCGCCCCCGCUGCCCCGGCUGACACACGGGCACCGGAGGAGAGGUUCCAGGUGCAGCUACAGCAAUUGCAGGACAUGGGAUUCACCAACGGCGCGCAGAACGUGCGGGCUCUGCUCGCGAAUGGCGGGAACGUGCAUUCUGCCAUCGAGUACAUCCUUGGGGGCGGAGGUCUGCAGUAGAUUUUACAUAGGUGCAUAUAUCCAUUGUUUGUAUGUGGCAAAAGUAAUCAUGUUGUACACCGAGUCUCCCUCGAUGGAGUCUGAAGUGAAGAAAUGCGUGUCUGUUUUGAGGGAAGAGUAG